CAAUUGUUGUCACUGAAUUAUUGCUUGUUGGCGUACUUGAGGCGCUAAUAUUAUUGUUCAGAGAAAUAGUUUUAACUUUUUAUGAAUUCUUGUUUUUACUUUUCAUUAAAUGUUUAAGUUAAUUUUUGUCAAAAAUGCACAUUAAACAAGUUAUUAUUCAAGGAUUUAAAAGUUAUCGAGAGCAAAUUGUUGUUGAACCUUUUGAUAAGCGGCACAAUGUAGUAGUUGGUCGUAAUGGCUCAGGAAAAAGUAACUUCUUUCAUGCUAUUCAAUUUGUACUCAGUGAUGAGUUCUCACAUCUCCGACCAGAGCAAAGACUGGCUUUGCUACAUGAAGGAACAGGGCCCAGGGUAAUUUCAGCCUUUGUGGAAAUUAUAUUUGACAACUCUGAUAACAGAAUUCCUAUUGAGAAGGAUGAAAUAUUUCUUAGAAGAGUUAUUGGAUCAAAGAAAGAUCAGUUUUUCCUGAAUAAGAAAGUGGUUCCUCGUUCAGAAGUGUUGAAUCUCUUGGAAAGUGCUGGCCUGUCUAAUUCAAAUCCAUACUAUAUUGUUAAGCAAGGAAAGAUUAAUCAAAUGGCCAUAGCUCCAGAUUCUCACAGAUUAAAGUUGUUGAGAGAAGUUGCUGGUACUAGAGUAUAUGAUGAGCGGAGAGAAGAAUCUGUGACUAUAUUAAAAGAGACUGUUGGCAAGGUCGAGAAAAUCAAUGAUUUCCUAAAAACAAUUGAAGAGAGAUUGAAGACACUUGAAGAGGAGAAGGAAGAGUUGAAAGAAUACCAGAAGUGGGAUAAGUCCCGCAGAGUGCUGGAGUUUAUCAUCCACGACACAGAACACCGGGAGAAUAAGAGGAAGCUUGAUGAAUUACAAAAAAUGCGUGCGAAUAGCGGCAAAGAGCAACAAAAUUAUGCUGAUGAGGUUAGAGAAGCGCAAGAACAUGUCAGGGAAUCUAACAGGAAACUAAAAGAAGCAAGAAAGGAUGUGGCAGCAGCUCGAGAAGAGAAAGACAUUUUAUCAACCGAACAGCAACAGCUGUUGAGGGAGAAGACCAAACUAGAGCUGGGUAUUAAGGACCUUACUGAUGAUGUUGAUGGUGAUAAUAAGUCCAAGGAACGUGCCGAAGCAGAAUUGGAGCGUUUAAGACAACAAAUAUCGGAGAAAGAGAGGGAAUUGGAGGAAUUGAAACCAAAAUAUGAAGAAAUGAAGGCUCGUGAAGAGGAAUGUACGCGCGCGUUGGCCUUGAACCAACAGAAGCGGCAGGAGUUGUAUGCGAAACAGGGACGGGGCACUCAGUUCACCUCCAAGCAAGACAGAGAUAGAUGGAUUGAGAAAGAGCUGAAGUCCCUAAACAAACAGCUUAAAGACAAAAAGGACCACGAAGUAAAACUACGUGAUGAUUUGCGGCGUGACGCGACCAAACUCACAGAGUUGGAGAAGAGAAUAGAAGAACUAACCAAGGAAAUGGAGCGACAGAGGGUGGCGAUAGAUGAUCAUAACAAGCAGUAUUACGAGUGUAAAAAGAAAAAGGACCAGGAACAGAGUACAAGAAAUGAAUUAUGGCGUAAAGAGACAACUUUAACCCAAAAUCUGUCGUCACUAAAAGAGGAUUUGGCCAAGGCCGAUCAAGCUCUGAGAUCUAUGGCUGGAAAGCCAAUAUUGAACGGACGAGACAGUGUCCGCAAAGUGCUCGAGACGUUCCAAGAGCGAGGUGGGGAAUGGGCCAAGAUUGCGACUCAGUACUUUGGCCCGGUUAUUGAGAACUUCACUUGUGAUAAGACCAUUUAUACCGCUGUUGAGGUUACAGCUGGAAACAGAUUAUUCCACCACAUCGUGGAAUCGGAUACAGUCGGUACAAAAAUUUUGAAAGAGAUGAACAGACAAAACUUGCCCGGAGAAGUGACCUUUAUGCCUUUGAACAGAUUGCAAGUCAGGGAUAUGGUGUAUCCUAAUGAUAAUAACGCCAUAGCUAUGGUACAAAAACUGAAGUACGAUCCCAAGUAUGCCAAAGCAAUGAAGUAUAUAUUUGGGAAGACGCUCAUUUGCAGAAACCUCGAAUGUGCCACAGAACUUGGGAAAGAGUACCAUUUGGAUUGUGUCACUUUAGAAGGAGAUCAGGUAUCAUCGAAAGGUUCGCUAACAGGAGGUUACUUCAAUCAGUCCCGAUCUCGACUUGAGAUGCAAAAGACGCGAUCAGAAUUAAUGGAACAAAUAACGACACUUGACGAAGAACUGAGCACGUUGAGACAGGAACUGAAUAAGACUGAGACGAGUAUUAAUUCAAUUGUUUCCGAAAUGCAAAGGACUGAAACUAAACAGGGGAAGGCCAAGGACAUUUUCGACAAAGUGAAAGCCGACAUACGUCUGAUGAAGGAAGAGUUGAGUUCCAUAGAGCGGUUCCGCGGACCUAAAGAACGUUCAUUGGCCCAGUGCAGGUCCAGCCUUGAAGCUAUGCAGGCUACUAAGGAAGGCCUGGAGUCUGAAUUACAUCAGGAAUUAAUGGAACAGCUGUCGACGUCCGACCAAGGCAAAGUGGACGAGUUGAAUGACGCAAUCCGUCGGCUCACCCAAGAAAACAAGGAGGCUUUCAGUCAGAGAAUGAAUUUGGAGGCAACGAAAAAUAAACUAGAGAAUUUGCUCACCAACAAUUUAAUACGACGUAAGGACGAGUUAGUGCAAGCACUUCAAGAGAUAUCGGUAGAGGAUCGCAAACGAAGAUUACAGAAUAGCAAGUCUGAUCUAAAUGCGGCGGAAAAGAGAAUCAAACAGAUUAACAAAGAAAUGGAAGAAGUUGAAAGAAAAGUUCAAGCUGCCGUCAAGAAUGAGAAAGCGCUGAAGUUGGAGUUGGAUAAGUGGAGAAAUAAGGAAAAAGAAGCUCAAGACAAGAUGGAGGAAGAUGCGAAAGGUCUAGAGAAGAUGGCUUCAAAGGAAGUGUUGCUUCAGGAGAAAAUUCAAGAGUCCUUAGAUAAGAUCGCCGCACUCGGAACAUUGCCCAAUGCGCCUGAGUUGCACACCAAGUACGAGAAGAUGUCGCUCAAACAGUUGUUCAAAGAACUCGAAAGGGCGAACCAGCACUUAAAGAAGUACAAUCACGUGAACAAGAAGGCCUUGGAUCAGUUCAUCAGUUUCUCAGAGCACAAGGAGAAGUUGUACAAGAGGAAGGAGGAACUCGAUGUUGGUGGCGAAAAGAUCCGAGAGCUAAUCGAGACUCUCGAGCAUCACAAACUAGAAGCAAUCCAAUUUACGUUCAAGCAAGUGAGCAAGAACUUCACGGAAGUGUUCAAGAAGCUGGUACCGCACGGUCGGGGAUCCCUCAUCAUGAGAGUGGCCACUGAGGACCAACCGGAAUUGGUUGCUGAGCGGGCAAAUGCAGAACAAUUCACGGGUGUGGGUAUACGCGUGUCCUUCACGGGCGGCGAAGGCGAUAUGAGGGAGAUGAAUCAGCUGUCGGGAGGUCAGAAGUCACUCGUUGCUUUGGCCCUCAUCUUCGCCAUACAGAAGUGUGAUCCCGCGCCGUUUUACCUAUUCGACGAGAUCGAUCAGGCCCUCGACGCCCAACACAGGAAAGCCAUAGCCAACAUGAUCCACGAACUAUCCUCCAGCGCCCAAUUCAUCACAACCACUUUCCGUCCGGAAUUGUUGGAACACGCGCACAAGUUCUACGGAGUUAAAUUCCGGAAUAAAGUCUCCCACGUGGAAUGCGUCACCCAGGAAGAGGCCCGGGACUUUGUGGAAGACAGUGCUACUCAUGCCUAAAGGAAAUUUUACAGUCACCUGGAGACAAAUAUUUAUUCCUUUAUUCAU